AUGUACACCGUCGACUUCAGCCAAGACGCGGCGGCGUACGCGGACGGCAUCAACCCGGUCAUGGUGACGGUGUCCUUCCUGCUCUUCGUCGUCGGCCAGUCGAUCAUACCGGUUUUCGUCACGGCGGUGUUUCCGAAAGGUUGGGUGAGAACGCUCCUCUUCGUGGCACUCAUCACAGUGGCACCGGCAACGGUCAGCCCCACUGCCGUGACGGUUCCCGGGUACCUGACCACGACCAGGAGAAGCAAACUGUUCGCAGGCAUUCUUCCUCAAUCCGGCCUCAUCUCGGUCAUGAUCAUCAUGUUUCUCGCGCAGGAUUACGAAGGAGGUGCAGGUUGGUCUGUGGUCACCAGGCGCGUGAUGGGCAACAACGUCACCAUAUUGGAAAUCUGGCUGCUCAUGUUCACCUCCGACGUGGGCAUCGUGUUCCUGACGUGGUACCUGCCGCAGAUACUGCCGUGGUGCACGGACACUCCGCGCAAUCCGUUAUUCCUCCUCACGCUGAAGUACUGGAAGAGGGACGAAGCGAGAGUCAACAUCAAUGCGGCCCCUCUCUAUAAAGACCCUACCCGCUUCGAAGAGCUGCCGCCCGACGUGCGCCCCAUAGUUCAGGCCAGAAACCUCACAAAGUUCAUCGGAACCGUUCCCGUACUGAACGGGCUGGACCUGAAUGUGUACGAGCGCAAGGUGACCGUGCUGCUGGGACAUAACGGAGCCGGAAAGUCUACCCUCAUGAGGAUCCUGACAGGUACGCUCGGUGGACCGACGAGCGGCGUGGCCAUUGUGUGCGGUCACGAUGUGUACAACGACCGCGAGAUGGUGCACAGCCAGGUCGCGUUGUGCGAGCAGAGUGACCUCUUCUUCGAUGACAUGUCCUGCGGGGAGAACGCCCUCUACUUCGCCUCGCUCAAGGAUGGCCACGGCACCGACGUGCAAAAGGCUACGGCGAGCAUGCUGAAGAAACUGGGCCUCGAAGACGAGAAGGACAAGAUGCCCAGUGAGGUAUCCUGCGCAACGCUGCGCAUGCUGAGUCUGGCCAUCGCCAUCGCCUCGCAGCCCAAGCUGCUCAUGCUUGACGAACCCACCACCGGAGUGGACCCAGCUACACGCCGGAAAAUGUGGGACAUACUGCGGAAGAUUGGGAAAGAGAGGACGCUCAUGUUCUCCUCUCACGACAUGUUCGAGGUGGAUGCCGUGGCUGAACAGAUCGUCGUUAUGGCCGCGGGAACGGUCAUCUGCAGCGGUUCGAUGACGUUCCUCAAGAAAGCCUGCGGUGUUGGAUACACGAUCACGCUCGUCAAAGAGCCUCGGCUAUUCAACAUGGAGGGCGCGCUCGCCGUCGUUCGGAAGGCCAUACCCGGCGCUCGCGUGCACGUGGACGCACAAAGCGCAGUGAGCAUCAGGCUAGGCACGUUCGACCACAGCGGUUUCCCGGGCCUGUUCGAGACGCUGGAGCGUUCGUCCGCGAAGCUCGGCAUCGCCGACAUCGGCCUAACCGUGGCGACGGUGAAGGACGUGUACAGCAAAAGAACGCAGGGAGAGUACUCCGAUUUAUUGCAUCCCUCGCCGGAGAUAUCGACGCAGCAGGAGAGCGCGCGCCGGACGCGCGUGUUCGGUGGCGACGUCGCCGUUUUGUGCAAGCCGGUGUCGAAGCGUAACCGAACGUCGGCGCAGUGCUUCGAGGCGCUGUUCAUGAAGCGGCUGACGUACAUGAGACGGAGUUGGGGCAUCUUCCUGGUGUCGUACGUGCUACCGCUGGUCCAGCCCGCUCCGUCGCCCAAGGGUAUGCAACACGAACAGGAACUGUAUCACCUGUACGGAGCGUCGGAGAUUCGCCUAGGGUACAACUUUCCCGGCUACGCGGUCGUGCUCCAGGGUGGCGCGGCAGCGGCGGCCAACUUGAGUCGUGCACUGGUGGUUCUCGUGGAGGCCGAAGGGGGCAGCGUCCGCAACGUGUCGGACUUCAACAAGACGCGCGUCGGCGACGACUUGGCGAUCUACGUUCGCACUUAUCCGAUGGCCAUCCUCCUGGAGCCAGAUCGGGUCCGUCUCAUGGUCGACCCGACCGAUCCGCUCACUGUGCCCGUGCUCCUCAACCUCGUGGACACGGCCGUGCUGCGCCUGCUGACGCGCCAGCCGACGGCCCGCAUCGUGGCCAGGGUGUCCCAGCUGGAAGUGCGCAAGUUCUCGGGCCGGGAGUCCAUAUUCCUCUUCUGGACGGUGGGAUGCCCGAUCACGUACGCGCUGGCCUUCUCGGCGUUCGCCGCGUUUCCGGCCGCCGAGAGGCUGAACGGAGCCCGCGACAUUCAGCUCAUGACCGGCUUGAGUGGCGGCUUCUUCGUGGCUUCGCACGCGGCUUUCGACUUCGUCCACUACGUGGCCUUCGCCGUCCCCUGGUGCCUGAUCUACUGGAGAGGCGCCGGAAACUCUGCGGACACUUGCGCCCUCAUCUUUGCCACGUUCGUGCUGUCAAGCCCGUCGAUGAUCGGCAUGGCUUACCUGACGUCAGAGCGGGCGCUGACAGAACUCGGGGCCAUGUACAGCCAUUUCCUGUGGAUAUACUUCAGCGGAAUCGUGUUGUACUUCGGCGCUCGGCUCUUCAUUCUCCUGGGCGUAGAAGUGAUGGAGUACGCGACGCUCCUGUUCCCGCCCUGGGCGCUGCUCUCCUGCUUGCUCAAGAUCUCGAGCGCCGACAUCGCCGCUGAGCUGUGCGACCGUCAGAGGGCGGCGCCUUCGACGUCCCCGACUGGUCAGGGACGCACGCCCGUCAACCCGACUGUCUCCGCGAGAGCCUGGCGCGCCAUCUUCCCAACCUGGAGAGUGGGAGGUCAGCUAUGGCCCUUCGUAUAG